GUCCAUCUAUUCACUAAGAUAGACCCAUAAACCUAAAUCCACUGAAAGAAAUGUCAUUGAUAAUGCUGAGCAAAACUGUUUGCUCAAAAGAAGAUUAUUGGAUUUAAGAUGAAAAGAGGAGAUGAGGUGUAUAUUUUUAUGACUGUAAACCACCCAGAGUUACCUUAUGGUACGAUGGACAACCAACAAAAUUUACAAACAAAGAAACACACUGUUGUGCCUCGCCAGCCCUCCUCUCCUCAGCCGGGCCCCUCUCAUCUCCUGCUAUCUGAGCCAGAGACUGAUAGUGAAGAAGAAUGGCCUGGCAUGCCUCCAGCCCCCAGCCCUGGCACCAUGCCUGGACAGACGGAGCAAACAAACCCCCCUCCUACAGCGUGUGAGCAAGAAGCCAGCCACGUCUAGAAGUGCCGGCAGCAGAGCAGGAGAAUGGAAA